CAGCCGCAGUGGAGACCGUGCGUCCUAUACGGCGCACUGAUUGACUGGCGCUUCGGAACGCCAACACAUCGAUCGCUGCGUGCCGCGCGCCCAGCGAAAUCCAGCUUGUUCCAUCCCUGCGGUGCAAAAAACGCUCAGUGACCCUGCAGACCGACUGCACCAAAAUACGGCAUCAGAGAGCGGCGCAGCAGAAAGAUGCAGAUAUUCGUCAAGCCGUACGACCGCACGCUGACCCUCGACGUCCGGCCGUCCGACACCGUCGCUAUCGUGAAAGGCAUGAUCCAACACCGGACCGCAGAUAUGAUUAUACUCGACGAGGCUAUUCCAGCCCACAAGAUGUGCCUCGCCUACGCGGCCAAACCGCUCGCCGAGGACUAUCGGACGCUAGCGGAUUACGGCGUCCGGAAUCUAGCCACGCUCACCUUUGGAAUCAACGUGUCCGCAAAGCCGCCGCAAGCUCGUCACGUGCUGUACCUCGAUUAUCCCACCGACCGGAAGGCGUUCUCGUCGGAUUGCUUCUACGAUGUCGAGCUUGACACGAGUGUCCGGGACCUGAAGCGGAUGGUCCUGCUCAAGGAUAAUAUCGUUAUUACUCGCAUGUUCGAUAUAUUUAGGGAUGGUAGCAAUCGCACGGAGCUGAAGAUUGGCGGCGUUAUACUGGAAGCCAUACUUUCGGAUCACGCGCGCGAGAACACGCUGCCAACGCUUAAGGUAACUCACUUCUCGCGGCGCGCGCGCGCCUCAAGAAAUGUGACUCGACUCGCCACGGACCUCUUGCGCGAGGUGCUCUCGUACAGCGACUUGCGGAUGCUUGCUGCGAGCGCCUCGACGUGUCGCACGCUCCGCGAGGCCAUCCCGCCGAAGUUCGCGCACGAGCUGGUCCUGGCGCGGUUCCCGAUCCUGUCGACGAUCGUCGACGUGUCCACACCGAUGCCGCCGGCGCGGGAGCUGUUCGAGUCGCAGACGCGCCUCUUCGACGGUGUUCGGCGCGUCUCGCCGAUGCGCGGCCUGGACGAAUAUGUCUUCUCGCUCGAGCUCACGGUCUAUGCUCGACGGGAGGCCUUGUGCCACGUGGGCACCGGCGUGGUGGUCGAAGACUCGUCGGAGCCGCGGAUUCGCUUUGACGUGCCAACGGCUCUGUGGAUAGGAGCUGUUGACGAGUCAGGACCUGAACUCAUGGUGAAAAUCAUGGCGACGCGGCGGGGGACAUUCCGACGAGCAGGAAUCUACGAGGGCGGUCUGGACGAUGUAGUGGAGAAUGAAAUUGAUUUUGCUUGGAAUCACGCCCCGACCCAAACUGCGUCUCAGACGUGGAUCACACUCGGCGUCAAUAAUAACAUAGUCUACAGCCCGAUGAUGGAUGUCAAAUGGCAUUACUCGCCCGAGGCUGGAACGUGCGAGCUCAUCGCUAAGUUUAGGUGGGACGCGGAAGACGACGUUAUUGACAUGAGCCUCGAGGACGCGUGCCUCAUGCUCGAGCACUGGUGUAAGUUGUGA